AUGUCAUAUUAUGGAAAUACUGGAUCUAUGAAUCGAGGUCGUGAUAAUCAAUUCCCGGCACACAGUCCGGGUAGCAAUUAUCAAUCAUAUGGAAAGCAUCCGGAUAAUUACAAUCGAUAUGAAACAGCACGUUCUCGAAGUCAUGCAACACAACGACAACGAGAAGAAGAUGAAAGGAGUCGAUUUUCGGGAUAUGGUGAUCGACCAGGCUCUGGGGUAGAAUUCAUGCCUACGAAAUGGCAUGGUGGGGAGAUUAUUACCGAUCCGGGACAUUUGCCUCGUUCAUUGAAACCGCGUCGUUUGUAUUAUUCACCAAUUGGUGAUGGUGUUGUUGCUGCGGAUGGUGUUGAAUUGAAACGUGUUCCAAAAGAUUUAUCACCAAAAAUUACGGUGACACAUAGCAGAACGUUGGACAGAGGUGAACCUGGCCAUGAUGGUUACAACAUCUAUACCCGAACAACAACAACUCAUGAUUUAGGAAAUGAUUACGGAAGUGAUAUGGGUGGAAGUGGACGUGAUUCACGAUUGACAGGCGGCAUAUCACCAGGUAGCGAUUCAUUUGGACAGCAGAGUGGUACUGGUUCUGGUCCCGGUAUGAGUUAUGGUGGUCGAGAUUCAGAUCAUAAAGGUGGAGGAAUGGGAGAGCGAAGACCAGGAAGUGGUGGCGGUUAUGGCGCUGGUAGUGGUAGUACACCGUUCGGUCAUGGAAAAGAUUAUUCAAGUGAUGUUGGAUCUGGUGAUAUCGGUUAUCCAGGUGGUCGAGAUAAAGAUCUUCAUGGUACUGGAUCACCAAAUUAUGGCUACCGUUCACCAACUGCAACUUAUCAAUACUCAUCAAUUUAUCAUGAUCCACAUAAUACACGUGGUUUCACACAGUCUGAUCCAUUUGUGAGUGAAUCUAGAGGUCGUUCCCAGAGUGUUGACUUACUAAACGGACCCGACAAUUAUUGUGGUGAUUACGAAUUUAAAAACGAUGGUCAUUCAAGUGAUGGAUCCAUACUGCAUGAGUCAACCAAAUCAGAACGGUAUCGAAAGUUUGAUGUGACCAAAGAUUAUUUGAUAACGAAUCCACGUGAACUAAUACACCAAUAUGCAACCACAACUCCAGUUUCUAUACUCGAAAUACCUGAAACAUCAUCACGUACAGUAAAGAAAAUGUAUUCAUCAACAACCGAAGAAAAGUAUGUACCAUAUCCGCCUUAUAAAGGUUCCAGCGCUGCUGUUCAUCCGAACAAUUUUGCCCGUCAAAUAAGAGAUGAAGGAUUAACCGUAUCACAACGUGAAGCAAACAGGCAUCAAAAUCCUCUAAUUACCGAUGAUCCAGAAAUUACACAUAAAAUUUCAGAAAUACGCAAAGAAGCAAGUCGAACAGCAACAACAAAUAAAGAGAUUGAUCAUCUGACUGAAAAAAUGAUGUAUAACUUACAAAGCGGGCAACCAACACCAUUGCAUUAUUAA